AAGUGCAUGAAUCCACGAACAGAUAGAUGGAGAGUUAUGAAGAGAGAAAAAUACUGAGUUUAUUCCCUUAAAUCAUAGAGGCCAUUAAAGAGACCAGUAGGUGAAGGAGGGGUGGGAGAAGGGAAGAGUCCCUGAAUAUUAGAAAUCCUCUAUCCUUAUUAGAAAUCCUCCAUUCUUAUUAGAUAUCCUCCAUGCUUAUUAGAAAUCCUCCAUCCUUAAAUGGAGGGUUGCUUGUCUUGGUCCAAAUGGGGACUCGGGUUGCCUGGGAAACAACCGCACCGGCGGUGAACCCGACCUCGGCUCCAAAGCGCCCUUGCGGCGUCUGGCCAGGCGCGGGGCUUUCUCCUGGUCUCCAGGGCGCCUGGCUCCGCCGGAGGUUGCGCUGGGAGCGCUGGAAACUCGACAGCCCGUGCCACCCUAACCUGGAGCAACCUGCCCCCUCCCCACGCCCGGGGACUGCACGGUGCGGGGAGGAGCUGUGGUGUAAGCCCGGGUUGUCCCGGGCAGGGCAGUCGUUGAACCCUGGGUCUCGCCUUUGCAGAGGGUCGGCGCUUCAUCUCCGACCAGAGCCGGAGGAAGGACCUCUCCGACCGACCACUGCCGGAAAGACGAAGCCCAAAUCCCCAACUACUAACUAUUCCAGAGGCAGCAGCCAUCUUACUGGUAUCCCGGCAGAAAUCACCGGAAGGUGAAGAAAAAAACUUUGAUCAACCCAGGUUCCUGGAAGAUAGUCUGCUAAACUGGUGAAAAUAUACUAGAUUAUAUUUAAUUAUAGUUCUAGUCUCUUUGAAAACAUGAACAUACAAAUAAAACCUUUGGACUCUUUUAUUCCAUUUGUAAUCUUAAGAAUACCCACAGAUAGUUUUAUUCUUUUGGAAACAAAAAAAUAUAUAGGAUGCGUAACUGAGAACAUCACCUUCUUUCAUUGCUUCAGGUCCUAUUUAGAUCACCAAAAAUGUUGAGAUUACCUUGUGUCUUACUCCUGAGUUUCUUAGAAUAUUUAUAAUUAUAAGGCUGAAGACUAAAGUGUUCUUUCCUUUUAAUUACAGCCAGUAACUAUCUUAAUCUUAGUUUCUUUUUUUAAAUUUUGUUACCCACUUGCAUUUUGUUUUCACUCAGCAGAAAUUCUCCCUCUCUGUUUUCCUUUUAACCCAUCCCAAGGAGGUGGGAUUAAGGUAAGAAGCUUGGCAGGAUGGGAAAUAGAAGAGUAUGACUCUCUAGAGCUCAUUCAGGAGUGGUCAGUUAAGAAGAUAAAUUGGAUGGCUGGGGAGAAGCCCUGUGAUAGGAACGUUUCAGUGUGGUUGCUGGGAGGAGACAGUCAUUGAGGUAGCAGGUUUGCCAAAGAUCCAGAGCUCGGAGCUCCCCUUGUGCUCUUUGGGAACUACCUUGCAUUCAGUUUAGAAACAUGUAUCCAAAAGUUACUGGGAAAUAAGCAAUAGAGACACACUCUGUUGUUUACAUAUUGGAAGAGGGAACAAGCCUGUUUUGUUAGAAGUAACUCAUUUUCCAUGGCCAAACAGACUCAGCAGAUUCAUGUACUCUGCUUACUCUAAUUGACUAGACUCUAGAUUUUAUUUGACAUAGCAUUACAUAAAUCACUCUGAUAACAUAAGUGCACAGUAAUAUGCCUGAUAUCCUCCUUUUUAAAAGCCAACUUGAGUUCAGUACCAUCCGAAUAUACACACACACAUACAUACUCCUGUGGCAAACAUAAUAAUGUAUUUAUUUAAUAUUACAAUAUGACCAUCAUGUUAAUUAUUUUUUACCUAAUUCAGAGUUGUUAUUGACAAAUGUCAUAAGUGGAAAGUAUUGUUAAUUUUUAUUGUCAUCAGUACGUAGCCAUUAUUUAAUAGCCCAAGAAUGUCUGUAUAUGAAUAUCUCUGUAAUGUGGAAUUGCAAUUUCACUAUGUUAAGUAGUCAGAACUCUGCUUAUAGGAUUUAUCUGUAUCUUGUUUCAUAAUAAUGGAACUAAAUUCAAGUUAAUGUAAUGUUGAUCUCUGUCAAAAAAUAACUUGUGAGCAUUAAAAAAAUCUGUGUGGCAUUAUAA